AUGGACCCUGCAAAUCUCAAAGCACAAUUUCAAGAGCCAGAAGAACCUCGUCUUCUGAGCUUUCCACAUCUUCCUGAUGAUGCCAAAUAUGAGGAUGGAACGCCAAUUCUGAACAAAUACUCUUCUACUUUGACCAAAGGUCAUGACUUCCCUGGAGCUCAGGCAAUGCUGUAUGCAGCAGGUGUGCCAAACGAGAAGAUGAUGAAGACAGCUCCGCAGGUGGGCAUUGCCUCUGUGUGGUGGGAGGGAAAUCCUUGCAACAACCAUUUGCACGAUCUUGGUAAGACCGUAAAGCAAGCGGUGGAGAAGCAGGGCAUGCUCGGCUGGCAGUACGGCACCAUUGGCGUAUCAGACGGAAUCACGAUGGGUGGUGAAGGCAUGCGAUUCUCCUUGCAGACUCGCGAGAUUAUCGCAGAUAGUAUCGAGACCAUCACAUGUGCUCAAUUCCACGACGCCAACAUUUCUAUCCCGGGAUGUGACAAGAACAUGCCAGGUGUUGUGAUGGCGAUGGCAAGGCACAACAGACCCUCCGUAAUGAUCUACGGAGGCACCAUCAAUCCCGGAUACUCAAAGACACUCAGGAAGACGAUCAACAUCACCACGUGCUAUGAGGCACACGGAGCUUACAACUUUGACACACUUAAGAACCCGGAUGACCCGUCAAUCACAAAGGACGAAAUCUUGACUGACAUUGAAAGAAACGCAUGCCCGGGUUCUGGUGCUUGUGGUGGUAUGUUCACAGCCAACACCAUGGCUAUGGCAAUCGAGACUCUUGGUUUGUCUCUUCCUGGCUCUUCGAGUACCCCCGCUACUUCACCUGCCAAGAUGCGAGAGUGCCAAAAAGCAGCAGAAGCAAUCAAGAUCUGCAUGGAGAAGAACAUCCGCCCCCUCGACUUGCUCACCAAGAAGUCAUUCGAGAAUUCUCUGGUCAUGAUGAUGGCACUUGGAGGUAGCACGAAUGGAGUACUUCAUCUGCUUGCUAUGGCUGGUACUGCAGGCAUCGAUUUGACUCUCGAUGACUUCCAGAGAGUCUCAAACCGCAUCCCCUUCAUUGCAAACAUGGCACCAUCGGGCAAGUAUCUUAUGGCUGAUCUGUACGAUAUUGGUGGCAUUCCAUCAGUCAUGAAGUUGCUCAUUGCAGGAGGUCUCCUCGACGGCAGCGUCCCAACAAUCACUGGCAAGACAUUGGCCGAGAACGUUGCCUCAUUCGAUUCUCUACCCCAAGGUCAGGAAAUCAUUCGUAGUCUGGACAACCCCAUCAAGCCUACAGGUCACAUUGAGAUUCUCCGCGGCAACCUCGCUCCCGAAGGUGCCGUAGCCAAAAUUACAGGCAAAGAGGGCAUGAGCUUUACCGGCAAAGCUCGUGUCUUCAACAAAGAGCACGAACUCGAUGAUGCCCUCAACAAGGGUCAAAUCCCUCGUCACGAGAAUCUUGUCAUUGUGGUUCGCUACGAAGGUCCCAAGGGUGGUCCUGGUAUGCCCGAACAGCUCAAGGCCAGUGCAGCCAUCAUGGGUGCCAAACUCACAAACGUAGCUUUGAUCACGGAUGGCAGAUACAGUGGCGCAUCGCAUGGAUUCAUUGUCGGUCACAUUUGCCCUGAAGCUGCUGUUGGAGGACCUAUCGCUGUUGUUCAGGAUGGCGAUAUGAUCACUAUUGAUGCCACUAACAACACGCUGUCCAUGAAUGUUUCGGAUGAGGAGAUUCAAAAGAGAUUGAAGGUGUGGAAGAAGCCUAGAUCGAACGUUACUCGUGGUGUUCUGGCUAAGUAUCAGCGUUUGGUUGGUGAUGCUAGUCAUGGUGCCAUGACCGAUCUGUUCUAG